GCCUUGCUCCCGCCCUUCUACGCGGAGGGCGGUGGCGCGCAGUGCGCGUGCGCCCGGUUGCGCGCGGGGGAUACGGUUUGCUAACGGCUCGGCGGGCUGACGCGAAUCGGCGGUGGUGGUGGUGGUGGGAGCGUUGAGCAAGCGGCGGGGUGACCAUGAAGCGCCGCCGUGCAUCUUCCAGUGAAAAGGGAGAGGUCACCGAUGAGGAAACAGUGAGAAAACCCACCAAGUCACAUAACCAGCAGCGACCUACCGGCCAAGAGAAGGGAAUGGGGGAAGAAGGAAGAAAAAAAGCUCAAAAAAGAAAGCAUAUCGCUCGGACAGUCGAAAGGAGAGAUGAGGAACAUGAGGACUCUUCCUCUGCAGGCGAAAAAGGUCAUUCAAAAAAAGUGAAGCUAUCCAGUGCUAAGCUAGCAUCGUGGCAACCGCUCUCAGAGAGCAGCAGGAAGUUUCUGGAAAGUGUAAUGAACUCAGGAAUACUAUCUAUUUUGUGCCAACAAAAUAAGGAGAAAGAAGAUGUUCAGAAACACCUCAAUUUGCUGGCAGAAAGGAUGCUGAGAACCUUCAAGACCCUAAAGGUACCCUCAGGGAAGCUGAGCAACCUGAACAACAUCCUGAGCCUUCAAGUGGCACAGAAACAAAUGCUUGAGAUGAACGAAACAGCUUUGGUGGAAUUGCAGGAAGAAAUAAAUGAAGCUGAGAAAUCAGCAGAACAUACAGAAGAAACUAUACAGAGACUGCAGCAUGACAUCCAGGUGCUCAAGAAUGAGUUAGAGGUAGAAGAAAAAAAGGCCAGGAAGCUGUUCCGGGAAGGUGACACUAAAGAACUCCACCUUCCAGAACUCCCCAAACGCAGCUUACAGGCACCCACUUUGCAGGAAGAAAUUUUGAUGGUAAAAAAUCAGAAGGGUCUUUUAGAGGAUAUGAACACUAUUCAGCAGUCAGCUGAUAUGAGGAAUAUGUUGACCUUCAUUGAAAAGAUCUAUGAGAAGGUGGACUUCAUUUGAGGAAGAUGAAAUGUUUGGAGUCUUCUCUGAAACAAGAGGACUUAAGCCAGCGUGCUCUGUGGUACAGUGGGACACUGGUCAUGGAAAUGGCGUUUUGUUCCUAAUGGCUUUACUGUUGUCCUGCCCAAUAUAAAACGAGGUGUAAAUUUGCAUCUGCAUUUUAUUUUUUGGACCUGUUAUGGCUUUUAAUGUUGAAAUCUGUUGUCUUAGGAGAAGGGAGGGAGGAAGGCAGUGCCUGUGUUUACUUAGGUAAUUUUAUACAGUGAAGUAACCUAUUGUAUUUGGUCUUUUUGUAUUUCAUCUGUAAAUUGUUGAAAGCAUACCUCUUAAACUAACACUUAUUUUGGGAUUAAGUCCUCUUUAAACCUGAAAUAUAGUACAAAUAUGUUUAUCUCAUGCUCAGUUGCAAGUCUCCUUAUCAACUUUUUAUUAAAAAAAAAACAAACAAACAUAAAGAAGCCUCCAUGGCAGGAGAUCAAAAUUCCUGUCAAAUUGAUAGAAAUAAUUCAUUUCUAUUUACAUUUUCAUAUUCACUGCCUCUAAAAAUACAUUCAUACAUUGUUUAUCCUCACGGUUGGAGAGAGCAGAUGAGAAAAUUAGAGCAAAUUUCUAAAUUGCAAGUUGUGUACUCACCUCAUUUAAUUAACUGCCAGUUCUUUUCCAGCUUUAGAGAAAGAAAAUGAAGUCAAACGUCCAUUUUCACAUGCACUUUCAUCUCCUGUGUUUUUUCCAGGGUAGAGUUUCUACCUUAAAUGGUUGAGUUAUUAAAUAGUGCUUUCUGUAGCCAAACUGUCAGCUGGAUCAUAGUGCUCUUUGCAUUGACUUACCACACAGAUGCUUGUUCUGUUGCUUGCAAGCUCUUAACGAAACAUGAGAUGAUCAUCUCAUAUUUCCUUCUUCUACACUUACGAGAAGGAAAACCAGGUUAUACUUAUAGAUAUUUCUAAUUAUUUAUUCAAGCUUUGGAUCACUCUGCUAGGGGAGUGCUUACUGACAUGACUGUACGUUGUUUAUAAGAUACUGUAAAUUUUAAUGAGAGGACUCUCUCCUCAUUUCCCUGAUGCAGGAGAAGGGUCUGACAAUAAUGAUGAAACUUGUAAAAGCUUUGCAAUCUUAUCCUUUCUGUCCUGUUUCCUGCUUUGGUUGCAGAAUAUCCUGAGUCGCUUCUGUGACACCUGGAAGUAACUGAAACUUCAGUUUCACAAAUAUUGGCUUUGGGUAGGUGAACUACAAGCCUCAGAUUUGUUGAGAUACUGCAGGAAUAUCAAUCCACGUUCCAUAUCAGCUCUACCUUGUGCUCAAAUAAAGCAUCUUUCUGCA